CAUUAUAUUCAAUUUAGUUUGGUCUGGUCCGGUGCGGUGCGGUCGGGUAAGGAUCAAACUAUUGCACACUCCUAAAUGCCAUAUUAGGUCAUCUGAUCCAUCUUUGUCUACAAUGAGAGAUGUUAAGCACAAUUGUACUAAGGUUGUUUUGCCUUUUAACAAAACAUUGUGAUGUUUGCCAUUUGGAAAAACAACAGAGAUUGUCAUUUCCUGCUAUUAACACUCAACCUUUGCAUUUUUUCAUGUUGAUAUUUAGGGCCCCUUAAUACAAUUUCAAGAGAUGGUUUUUUCUUAUUUUUUUAUUGCGGUUGAUGAUCAUAGUUAAUGGUGGCUAAUCAAUUUUCAGUUAGCGACUAACCGGUCGGUUUAACCGCUAACCACCAGUUAGCAGCUAACCGGUUGGUUUAUCGCUAACUGCCGGCUACCCGGUAGGUUUAAGCGCUAACCACCGAUUAGCGGCCGAAGACCGAUAGCUAGCAUGCCUCGGUCGGUGGUCAGCAAGGGAGAGGGGCUGUUCGGGUAGCCGAGUAACCGGAGCCUGCUAACCGACCUCCGCCCAAUUAUUGCCAAAAAGACACUAAAUCCCCAAACAAAAACAAAACCUAACCCGAAAUCAUCACUCGUCCAUCCAUCCUCCACCCUCCUCCAUCCAUCAACUCUUCCCUUCCGACCCUCCACGACGACCUCAACAUCUCCACUCACCGACCAGGAAUUCCUGCUUCUCCGCGACCCCGACCAGCCGCUCGCCCCCUUACUCUUCUUCCUCGAUCACACGGUACAGAGGCAGGCCCUCCGCUCUCCCCCGCAACUCGGAUCCUCAGCUCCCUCCAGCGACCCCGCUCCUCCCCCUUCGUCUUCUUUUUCGUGCCGUAUCCUCCCCCUUCGUCUUCUUUACCUGUUAAAACUGACCGACUAUCACAAUUUCGGUUUCACGGCUAUCAAAGCCCAAAAUCGUAAACCGCUCGGCCGGUGGGUGAUUUGGGCUUAAUUGUACCCUUUUUACCCCCGGCUUCCUUAGUUGUUUGAGACAUUUUUACUCUGGGAGGUUUGGUUUUACUCUGGAUUUUACCUCGUUUUGGUGUUUUUCAGACUGUGGUAGGCGGAACCAACCAGAGAGUCGAAAGUUGGACGAAAGGGCAAAAAAUCAAGCCAAAGGAUGGAGGAAGCAACAUAUCACGGUGGGAGCUGUGAAGUUUAGGGUCACUAAGACCGUGAAUUGGAGCCGCUAGUCGUGAACCGUCAGGCGUCCAGAGCAGUUUUUAGUCUCACUAAACUCAAGUCAGGUGUCGUUGCCCGUGAAUUAAACUUAGUGAUGCGGCUCAUUUUGAAUUGAGAUCACGGUCCGUGCUUUCAGUUCACGCCCGUGAACUGAGACCGUGAUUUGAGCCUGGUAUGGUUAUAUAAGGAGGUUUGAGCUGAAGGAGAAAAGGGGAGAGACCUAGUGUGAGAAACUUCUUCUUCUUCUUCUUCUUCUUCUUCUUCUUCAGAUUUCUAGAGUGAGAAAGUGACGAACCAAAGAGGAGAAGAAGCUAGGAUUUCAUCUUUAAGCAAGGACUUGGGAAUUCCUCCCCCAAAGGAGGAUCUCUUCAACACAAGUAGCAAUACUAGCAUCUCCAUGAUGGUUUUCCUUCUUCUCCCUUGUGUUCUCCCUUUUCCUAGUAUGCAGUAGUCCCUUUUUUCACUUGGGUGUUUGUAAACCCUAGCUACAAUUAUGUGAAUGUUUGUAUGGAUUGAAUGAUUAAUGUCUGGAUGUGUUUUAAUGUGAAUUUGGAGGUAUUUUCAUGAAAGAUUGUGUUGUGUGUUUGCCUGUCAAUCUAUUGGCCAUUCUAACCUAGGCAGAUAGAACACUCUCUUUCUUAGAAAGAGGCUUGUAAAGCUGAAUUUUCUUAGGCAAAUCCAUUUACUUUUCCAAACGUUUUAGCCACAUAUCAUUGUUCAUGAAACGAGUCAUUGAAAUUUUAGUCAUGUUUGCCAUUAUUUUAUUGGAGUGAUUUUGUUCUCCAUGUUGUGCCUACUUGAUCAAUAAAACACACACCACUUCUUAAUCACAAAACCCCUUUAGAGUUAUCGCAUGAAAUUCCUCCUAAUUACAUGAGUGUUAGAAGGUUUGGAUGUUUGGCUUAUGUCAUAGUUGUUGAGGGUCAUAAACACAAAUUUGGUCCUCGUGCCAAACAAUGUGUUUUCUAGGACUACUUUUUGUAUUAAAGGGUAUAAAUUGCUAAACAUAACAACUAAACAUGUAUUUAUUAGUAGAGAUGUUGUUUUUCAUGAGAACAUUUUGCCUUAUAAGAAUUUUCAUUCUUCUUCAGUUGGAGAUCAAUUAGAUCUUCCUUUUGCUCCAAUGUCUUCUUCCUAUCUUGGGUGUUCUUCCUGUUCAGAACCCCUUCCUUUUUCGUCACUGCUAAACGACCCACCCCUAGAGCUCUUAAACCUAACCAGAAAGGGUUUAAGAGUAAGAACCAGCAGGUCCGCCCCCACCAGAAUGGUGCCUCUCGAGGUAACCAAAGGAUCAUGGCCCAAACCUCUAAGAAUGACCCACCGUUUAUCUGCUAUAACUGUGGAAAACCGGGUCAUAUGGCAAAGAAUUGCCGGAACAAGCAAAACCCUGCCGCUGCGGCCAGGGUUAACUUGACAGAAGAGGAUUUGAUAGCCAUGAUCACAGACAUGAUCGCUGAAGUUAACCUCAGCGGUGACUCAGAAGGAUGGUGGCUAGAUACAGGUGCAUCGAAGCAUGUAUGCAACAAUCGUGCUAUGUUUAAAACAUACACAGAAGCACCUGCUGACAAGAAAGUGUUGUUGGGGACUACUCACACCACUAUGGUUGCUGGUUCUGGUGAAGUGGAGCUGAAAUUCACCUCUGAGAAGAGAUGGUGCUCAAGGAUGUGUUGCACACUCCAGAGAUAAGGAAGAAUCUUGUUUCGGGAUAUCUUCUUAAUAAGGCUGGGUUUAAUCAAACUAUUGGGGCAGACUUGUAUACCCUUACUAAGAAUGGGAGUUUUUUGGGAAAGGGAUAUGCAUGUAAUGGGAUGUUCAAGUUGAAUGUCGAAAUUAAUAAGAUGAAUUCUUCAGUUUACAUGGUGUGUGAUUUGAAUGUUUGGCAUGCUCGUCUUUGUCUUGUGAACACACGAAUUGUGAAGAAUUUAAGCAAGCUAGGACAUAUCCCUAAACUCUCAAUGAAUGAAUUUGAUAAAUGUGA